AUGAGAGCUCUUACCAUAAUUUGCUUAGUGGCUGCCGUAUUUGCCUUAGAUACAAACAAAUUUGCUGUCCUUCUUUAGGCAGGAACAAGAGGAAAUGAUGCUGUCGAAUCAGUAUAUAACCUUUUGCGAGAUCUUAAAACAGAAAAUGUUAAUGUUCAAGCUGCUGCUGAUAAAAAGAAUAACACUGACGAAGAAAUCUUCUCUUAAGUUAUUGGUGACUUGACAAAUGUCGCUUCACUAAACAAAUAAUAAUGGGAAGCUUUAGGAGCUGUCAGAACAGAUGUUGAAGCCUAAAUCAGAGAUGGAUAUUCAUGGCUAGCUUGGGCUGAAUCAAGACUUGCUGAAAUCGAAAGAAGAAAUGCUCAACUCCAAGAUUAAAGAUGUUGGGCUAAUGGACUUUUUGUUAAAUCACUUGCUGAUCAUGCUGACGCCAUAGGUGUUGUGUAACUCUUGGAAUAAGAUGUUGCAGGUUUUCUAACUAAUAAUGCUGGAGUCGAACUUGUUGAAAAAGCUUAAACAAUUGCUGAUAAAUUAUCUGCAUACAGUCAUCUUUUCUAAUAGGAUGCCCUUCAAAAAUUCCAAUCCCUUGCAGAAGUGAAAAGAGAAGGAACUACAGGAGAAUAAGUUCUCGCAAUCUUAUAAGAUUUAUAAAGCGAAUUAGAAUCUACCCUUGCAACACUUUAAGAAUAAGAAAUCCAUGCUGCUUUCGCUUUAGCUAAAUAUGUCUCAGAUACAAAUGCUGAAGUUGACUGGUUGAAUUCAGAACAUGAAAGAAGAACUUCCCUUGUUGAAAAAUUAGAAACUUAACUCCCUGCUAUCCUUGCUCAAUAAGCCAAAGCCCUCAAAUUGUGGAAAGAUUCAUUAAAUGCAGUUGCCGGAGCCACUGCUGAUUUAGAAGAGAAGAGAGAAUUCUAUGCAUCAGAAACUGUUAGAAGAUAAGAGGAAAACGCUAUCAUCGAUGUUGUUAUUCAACUCUUCAAAGAUUAAGUCAGAUCAUUGGCCUCAUAAACUUCCCUUGGAAGAAAGUGAUCUGUUCGCAUUAAUAAUAAUAAUAGUAUAAACAAAUUUAUUUUAAUUCCUUAUUCCAA